CACGCCUUCUUCAUGGUGUACCUCUGCUGUCAAGACCGCCUGCACAAAUCUGGAAGAGGAUGAUCGAACUGUAACAUCUGCAUCAUCUAUGCGUUAGGAUUCGUAUUGCAUUCGUCAAGUACCGUCGAUAUGAUAUCUGCAAAAAUGCUUGGUGGUGGCAGUCGUUGACAGGCUGCAUUCAUAUUGAGCGCUCCAUUAUGCCCAACCAGAAAAGCAACAAGGGGAAGAGAAAUAAACGCACGAAUAGUAGCGGAGAUGAGCAAGAAAAUGGAGCUUCUGCCUCGGCAGUUACGGGAGCGACUGCCUCGGUGUUAACUGGGGCGACAGCGGGUCCGCCGUGCGAUAAUAGAAGCGAGGUGUCAUGUGCCACCCCAUUAGUGUGCAGUUUGGGCCGUCCCAUUGAUCUUGAGAAGGAUGACUACCAGCGGGUGGUGUGCAACAAUGAAGUCUGCCCCUAUGGCAACUGGAUGCACCUGCAGUGCUUCUAUGAGUGGGAGAGUAGCAUCCUGGUGCAGUUCAACUGCAUUGGUCGGGCUCGCAGCUGGAAUGAGAAGCAGUGCCGACAGAACAUGUGGACCAAAAAGGGCUACGAUCUGGCCUUCCGUUUCUGCUCCUGCCGCUGUGGCCAGGGGCACCUGAAAAAAGACACGGACUGGUACCAGGUAAAACGCAUGCAGGAUGAGCGGAAGAAAAAGGUCCCGGAGAAAGGGAGUGGGAAGCCCAACAGUGGUGCCUCUGGAGGGAGUGCUUGUGGUGGAAAUGGGUGGGAACCUGCCGAUGAGCCCAAGAAAGGGAAAUCAUCCGGAAGCCAUAAGCUGGCUCACCGUUGCUCCAGUCAGGAGCUGUUUCGCAGACAAUCGGCAGAUUGGCAGAACUCUCAAGAGAGAGGCCAUGGGGGACCACCCAUUGCUGGGUGUGGAAUUCCUCAAGGGCUCCGGUCCCCUUGCGAAUCCCCUGCUCAGUCACCUCCAUCCAGCUUCACCUUCUCCCCCCAGUCCCUUGGUGGCCCACGCAGUUCAAGGCACCUGGGCGAGUUUCUAAAAAAUGCAGUGCAUAUGGAAGGCCACAGGAAGCAUUUGCUAGCCGCAGGGCUGGCAGUACGCGGGACUCACUUGGAGCAGGGGGCCACCAACAUGUGCCUGCCACGGCUCUCUCCUGGAGACAACCCUGUGCAGUUCUUGCGGAGGCUGGAUCUCUCUGAGCUGCUCACACACAUUCCCCGCCACAAGCUCAACACCUACCAUGUUCGAAUGGAGGACGAUGCCCAGGCCGGACAGGGAGAGGAUCUCAGGAAGUUCAUCCUCUCUGCCCUCAGUGCAAGUCACCGCAAUGUGGUGAACUGUGCCCUCUGCCACCACACCCUGCCCAUCUUUGAGCAGUUCCCUUUAGUGGAUGGAACGCUGUUCCUGAGCCCUUCACGCCAUGAUGAGAUUGAGUAUGAUGUACCAUGCCAUUUACAAGGGAGGCUGAUGCACCUUUACGCCAUCUGUGUGGACUGCCUGGAAGGAGUGCACAAAAUUGUCUGUAUAAAGUGCAAAUCCAGGUGGGAUGGAAGCUGGCACCAGCUGGGCACAAUGUAUACAUACGACAUAUUGGCUGCAUCACCAUGCUGCCAGGCUCGGCUGAACUGCAAGCAUUGUGGGAAACCCGUCAUAGACGUACGUGUAGGCAUGCAGUAUUUCUCUGAGUACAGCAAUGUGCAGCAGUGUCCUCACUGUGGCAAUCUGGACUAUCACUUUGUAAAACCAUUCUCCUCCUUCAAAGUUCUCGAAGCUUAUUGACAAAAGUUGAUUUUGCAUGCUAGUACUUUUCCAUGUUUUUUUUUUCUGUCCAUAGAAUUACUUAUUUUGGCUCCUUGUUGACACAUAUGUGUGGGUUUAGUUCUCUUUAGAACAAAAAUAGAGGGAAUUAAAGCAUAUGUCAUUACAUCAGAGACAGCAUCUUUUACUGAAAAAAACGAGGGUGUGCUUUGCGUGCAUUCUAAUGCCAUCCUAGAAAUGUUUGAGCUUGCAUUUAAAAUAAAGCAAGAACAAUACUGUGACAAGUGAAUGUAUCUCUGUAUGCCAAAUUUGCUCUUUUGUACAAAAACCAAGAAAAGAAUAAAAUAUG